UGUCUCCGGGUCCUGUGGCUGCCUGCCCCACUCCCUGCUGAGACGCCCGCCAGAGUUCACCUCCUCUGCAGCCCAGCAAGCUCGACCCAGACCAGCCCAGCACCCCGGGAUGGAAGCUGCGGACGCCUCCAGGAGCAACGGGUCCACCCCAGAAGGCAGGGAUUCCCGUAGCCCGUCAGGCCCCAACGGCGCUAGCCUGGAGAACGGGACCAAGGCUGAAAGCAAGGACGCCAAGACCACCAACGGGCACGGUGGGGAGGCGGCCGAGAGCAAGAACCUGGGCGGCAGCGCCCUGAAAGCGGGGGAAGGCAAGAGUGCCCUGUUCUCGGGCUCCGAGUGGCGCCGGCCCAUCAUCCAGUUUGUGGAGUCGGUGGACGACAAGGGCUCCAACUACUUCAGUAUGGACUCGGCCGAAGGCAGGCGAUCCCCCUACGCUGGCCUGCAGCUGGGCGCUGCCAAGAAGCCGCCCGUCACCUUUGCUGAGAAGGGAGAACUGCGCAAGUCCAUCUUCUCGGAGCCCCGCAAGCCCACAGUGUCCAUCGUGGAGCCAGCUGAGAGCCGGAGGAACAGCUACCCGAGGACCGACGCGGGUCUCCACUUGCGCUCCAAGGCAGGCUCCGAGGAGGUGCUGUGUGACUCCUGCAUCGGCAACAAGCAGAAGGCCGUCAAGUCCUGUCUGGUGUGCCAGGCCUCCUUCUGUGAUCUGCACCUCAAGCCCCAUUUGGAGGGUGCCGCCUUCCGUGACCAUCCGCUGCUCGAGCCCAUCCGGGACUUCGAGGCCCGCAAGUGUCCCCUGCAUGGCAAGACCAUGGAGCUCUUCUGCCAAACCGACCAGACUUGCAUCUGUUACCUUUGCAUGUUCCAGGAACACAAGAACCACAGUACGGUGACCGUGGAGGAGGCCAAGGCCGAGAAGGAGACAGAGCUCUCGCUGCAGAAGGAGCAGCUGCAGAUGAAGAUCAUUGAAAUUGAGGAUGAAGCUGAGAAGUGGCAGAAGGAGAAGGACCGCAUCAAGAGCUUCACCACCAAUGAGAAGGCCAUCCUGGAACAGAGCUUCCGGGAUCUGGUGCGGGAGCUGGAGAAGCAGAAGGAGGAAGUGAGGGCUGCCCUGGAGCAGCGGGAGCAGGACGCCGUGGACCAGGUGAAAGUGAUUGUGGAUGCGCUGGAUGAGAGGGCUAAGGUGCUACACGAAGACAAGCAGACCCGGGAGCAGCUGCACAACAUCAGCGACUCGGUGCUCUUUUUGCAGGAAUUUGGUGACUUGAUGAGCAAUUAUACCCUGCCCCCACCGCUACCCACCUACCAUGUCCUGCUGGAGGGGGAGGGCCUGGGCCAGUCACUCAGCAAUUGCAAGGAUGACCUACUCAAUGUGUGCAUGCGUCAUGUGGAGAAGAUGUGCAAAGCCGACCUGAGCCGUAACUUCAUUGAGAGGAACCAUAUGGAGAAUGGUGGGGAUCACCGCUACAUGAACAAUUACACAAACAGCUACACGAGUGAGUGGAGUACUCCAGACACCAUGAAGAGGUACUCCAUGUACCUCACACCCAAGGGUGGGGCUCGCACUUCUUUCCAGCCAUCAUCGCCCAGCCGCCUCUCCAAGGAGACCAACCAGAAGAAUUUCAGCAAUCUCUACGGCACCAAAGGUAACUAUACCUCCCGGGUCUGGGAAUACUCAUCCACUGUGCAGAGCUCUGAUGACCUGCCCGCUGUCCAAGGCAGCUCCUCCUUCUCCCUGAAAGGCUAUCCCUCAGUCAUCCGCAGCCAGGUCCCUAAGGCCCAGCCGCAGACUUGGAAAUCUGGCAAGCAGACUCUGCUGUCUCACUACCACCGGCCCUUCUACGUCAACAAAGGCAACGGGAUGGGCUCCAAUGAGGCGCCCUGAGUUCUGGGCAGAAGGCGUGAAGCACUGCCUGCCGCUGCUGCCCUUCCUGCUGGCCCCACCGCCAUGCUCCUGCUUCUCCACUGCUGUGCUGCUGUGCUCAUCUGGGAGGGAGGGAGCCAGCCCACUCCUCCCCAAACCCCACCCUCUCCGGGCGUCCUGGGCUCCCCUUCCACACUGGCCGUGCCCAUCCAGGCCCCUUUCCUGCUUGCUGGCAUCGAUGACUGCCCUUGUUCCUGUGCCCACAGCCAUCCCAUCUCAGAGGGAGGGACCGGGGGCUGCUGGGCACACAUGGUCUCGGUCUUCCUGUGCUGCCCUAGGCCUGUGGGUUACCUGUCUCCAGGGCUCUUCCCCAGUGUGGUCAGUAGCUGCCCAGCUCCCAGCCCCCAUGGACCCACAUGCUUCUUCCUGGUGUCCUGGUGCCAUCAGGAAAAUACUGGCUGGAUGUGUUCUCGUGGGUCUUGCCUGCCAAGGCCGAGCCAGGCACGACCUUGUAGGACUAGGCUACCCCAGUGGGGAAUCUGUCCCCAUGAAUCCGUGUUUCCCAGAGUUAGGGCUCUCCUGGUUGCCGGAUAAUAUGACCACAGCAUAAACAAGUACCUCCACAAGGUGUGGCACAGCCCUGGACAGCUGCUACCCAGCUGCCUGACCCCCUCGCCCUGUCCCCAUUAGAAUUCCAUCGAGUUCAGAAUUCCAUCGAGUUCAUGAGCCACCCUUCUUCCUGGCCAUGGAGCUUGUAUGGGCUGAGCUGUUAAUAGCUGGAGCUGCUGGUAAUGGUUCCUUCCACUCUGUGCCCCUGUCAAGGAGCUGUUUCCUCCUGCCGACGACCCUCUGUGUCCUGGGACCAAGGCCUGGAGAGCAGGCCUUGAACAUGGCAACAACUUGGUGGGGGGCUCGUUGCCCCUCCAACAACCCAGGGGCGAUGACGGAGGCUGUGGAGGGCCGGUGUGC